AUGACGCUGCCCGUGGUGAUCGUGGACGACCACCACCACUGUCUGGCGGACAUCCACCUGGCCAUCCGCCAGCGCCGCCUGCCAUUCUCCGGCAUCCACGUGCUGCAUGUGGACGCGCAUCCGGACCUGUCCUUCCCGCCUGCAAUGGACACAGAGGUGAUCUUCCAGCCCGAUACGCUCUACGAUGCGUUGGACGACUCAGUCGCAGGCAUCGCCGAGUUCCUGCUGCCGUUGGUGUUUGCAGGACACGUGAACCAGAUCACGUGGCUGAAACCCUCGUGGGCGACGCAGAUGCCGACAGGGGCAUUCAAGCAACUGGCGAUCGGAAAGAGGAAGGCGAACGGUGAGUUUGUGUUGAAGAUAUUACCCGAAGUGCGCUUAAUCUGUAACUCAUUGGUGGCAACGCAGCAGCGCUAG